AACAUAUGGAACCCAACAACACAGUGGCUAUAACAAUACAAAAUGAAGUUUCACAAAUGGAAGAGGACCCCAAGGACGAGCCUAUAUUAACAAAAGAAGAAGUCUCUAACCACUUAGAAAUGGAGAUAGUAUUAGAGUCUGAGAAAGAGGAUGAAAAAAUAUCAACCUAUACACUACUAGGGAGCU